CGCGUGUGCACUUCAUAACAGGAUCAAAGGACGAGCAAUGUGACGGUGCAGAGCGUGAGAGACUACAGUCUCAAGCACAACAAUGCCUUGAGGAUGGGAAACCUGCACCGCGUCAUCACAGCAGCCUUGAUGGUACGGCAGCUUGUUGCUCAUGAUCGUCAGAAGGAUCAGAUCCAGCACCGUGGUUGCGCUUCUAGGACGUGAUCGAUGAAAAUCUCAUCUGUACGGGCUGCUCGGGAAAUCUUUCGUUGAAUCAAAAGUAUUUUCCUAACGUCUUAAAGCUAAGACUUGAUGGGGAGGAGGGCAAGUGGUCGUUCCCGAUGGUUUUAGAGGAUGCGAAUGCCAUCCAGAAGCGAGGCUGAAACCACGAAGUAAUGAACAACAAAUGCAUGUGCUAAGCACUAGCAUGGGCAAUACAUAGCAUAGUAUACGCAAAUGGUGUUUCAAGUAUGAAGUGUCAAAAGCAAUAUUUGCUGUGUCGGUUGCGCGCACUACGAUAAAACUUCAUUUCGUUAAC